UCCGGCAUACCCGCUCUACAACUUACAUAUACGCCUGCCCUCAGACACGCCGCGGCACUUGCCUUGACGCCCGCACAACCCUCAGCCUGUGUGCAGGGGCGCACAAUCAUCUCUACACUAAAAUACUGCACUCUAACAGCAAGAAAAGCACUAGGUUUCUCACUCCUCACGACUGAAACAUGCUCCAUCUAUUGUCAAGGAAUGCCUAAUUUUGCGUAAAGCUGCCGAAAGGGAAAGAGGAGCGCUCCGACUUCCAAACCCAACCCAGACCCCCAUCCCAAAGAGCAGCAGAUGUGACAGAAGAGGAGAGGCGGAGUGAGAAACACAACCUCUCCUACCCCUCCUCAUCUGGGAGAACAAUACCCCGUCUCUAGUUGGAGAGGGUCAGCUUUUGUGCUUCUCCCCACGCUCCCGCUCAAGAGUGAAGAGCAGACAGACGCGCUGACACAUUGACCUGCUGCUGUGAGAAGAGAAGACGGAGCAAAGCAGCUGCUGCUCUCUGCUCGGUUUGAUUCAGUACUUGGACAGUUCCUGAGCAACAAGCGGCGUCUGUGUGUGAGAGGAGACUGUCUGCUGAGUGACUGAAGGCUAUUCGAUUUGGAGAGCGAGAACCAGAAAUGCAGCCACCGCGUCCACUUCAGCUUGGCCCCUGUGGCCCCUCUCCGUCCCUGGGAUCUCAGGGCGGCACUGCCGGCCUCCAGCUGGAAGAGAAGCAGCUCUUUGAGAAGUUUUGGAAAGGGACUUUCAAGGCUGUGGCCACCCCAAGACCAGAGAGCGUCAUUGUGGCUAGCAUCACCGCCAGCAGGAGAGUGACUGACUCAGAAACAACAACCUGCCAGCAGCUCAAGCCUGAUGAGAGGAAAGCGGCGGACACCAGGGACAGAAACGGCUGCAUCAAAGGAAGCAGGCGCAGACAUCACAGCCAUCGCAGGGCCAGGAGCCCAUCCUUUGAUGAGGACCCCUCCCCUCGGCCGAAAGGGAAGAAGAAGAAGAGGAAGUCUGAGCGGAAGAGGAAAAGGAAAAGGUCUCCUUCUUACAGCCUGUCGCCACCGAGGAAGAAGAAAAAGAAGAAGAAGAAGAGCUCCAAGAAAAGCAAGCGGCGUAGGUAUACCUCUAAGAAGUCAAAACACAGCUCUUCAAGUUUAAAACAUAAGAGGAAGGAUGAACGCAAGCACAAGAAAAGUUCUCGGACUCGCUCACGUCGGAGACGACGUUACCGGAGGUCAGAGUCAGAGAGUUCUUCCUGCCAGUCUUCAACAGAGGACAGACACCAUCUGCAAAAAUCUGUAGUUCAUCAAGCGUUUGGAAACCUGGCAGCUGCAGGAGAGGAAACCAGCGCAGCGCUCAGCUACACAGACAUGAAGUGGAGACCCACAACCAAAUCAGUGUGUAAAAUGGCUCCAAAAUAUCGCUCCAUCCUCUCGACUGGCACCACUUUGUCGUCCAAACCUGGAAGCGAGAUCUUACAUGGGAACGUGUCUCAGCAUUUAACGAGUCAGACUGUAGGUCCGCACGAUUACGAUUCUGGGAAUGACACGUCUUCGCCGCCAUCGAGCAAAACCGGUGUUUCUCAGGGGGGUGUCGCUCUUGACAAGAGCAGCAGGUGUCGUCGUGCGGCCUCGCCGGGGAAGCUAAAGUUUGCUGACAGAGACAGUGUCUCUGAUUCAGGAAACUCUGUGACCAGCUAUGCUUCCCUGUGCAGACCUUACGGGGAGGAUGGCUUGUCUGCAACGUUUUUCAGUGGAAAUGGAAAGAGAGAGCAGAUAACCUUGGGGUGUCGGCUAGAAGUUGUGAGAUCCCCAAAGGCGGCCGGCUGCUCCGAGAGGAGGGGCGAGCUGUCUCAAGGGCGACCGAAAACCCGGUCCUCCCGCAGCAGGAGCAGGAGCAGAUCAUCGGGGAGUUCCAGAUACUCUGGACGCUACUCUCGAAGCCCUUCCCUGUCAUCUUGCAGCUCAUAUUCACGCUCACUGAGUAAUUCAGCUGAUCUGAGGCGAAGUGUUGCCAGCCUGAGCUCCAGAGGAAGCUACUCCAGAUACAGUCCUGACAGACUACGAGACAGGAAAAGAACAGCCAGCUCCAGAGACGCAGAGAUGAAGCAUACGCAUAAGGUUAGUGCGAAGAAGCGAAGACGCAAAUCCUACUCUCCUAUGAAGAAGAGGAGGAGAGACUCUCCGAGCCAUCUGGAAGCACGGCGAAUCACAAGUGCCAGGAAGCGACCCAUCCCUUACUUCCGACCUAGCCCUUCCUCUAGCAGCCGCUGCAGCAGCGUGUCAUCCUGGAGCAGCCUCUUCACCCACAGUCGCAGCCGCAGCCCGCUGUACAGCCUCAGCCGCAGCAGGAGCCAGAGCCACAGCUACUCCUCCUACAGGAGCUACAGCCGCAGCUCGUCGUGGAACUCAAUCUUUGGCAGCCGCAGUCGCAGCCGCAGUCGCGGUUCAUUGAACAAACGCAACAAAAGCAGACGUUAGGUUUCUCAGAGAACAUCGGGAGACUCUGCAGUCGUGGUUCCUGUUAGGAAUGUGGAUGUCAGUGGACUCGACCGAAGCUUUCACCGAGGCAGUCCUGCUCACUCUGCCCUCGGACACCUAAAGAGACUGAAUGUCUUUGUUUCUUUGUUCUGCAUCCUUCAUCUGCAAUCACGAUGGCCUGAGACUGUUCAUCUCUUAGAUAUUUACAAUAGAAACUGCAUAUAAGAAACAUUAUUCCUGAGUUUACUCCACUAACGUCCCUGUUCGAUAUAUUUCUUUCCAGACUUCUGUGCGUUCACUUUAAUUUAUUCUUUAACAGUCUGAUGUGUUUUCCAUAACUGGCACAUGAUGCAGCUUAAUGAUGGGUUCAGAAAGCACAGAAAUGACUUCAUUCCCAUUUUGGUUGCAACAUAUGUUUAUGUUAUGUAUGUUAUGCAAGAGCACCAGGUUAACAGAUGACUAACGAACUUACAGUAUGUCCAGGAAAUGAAUCAUGGAGGUAACGUGAGCAGUUUGAUCCACUUCCAGAUGAUUUCACCGGGAUCGUUAUCAGGAAUAAAGGGAAGGUUUGUCGCUCUGAUCUCAGCACUUCACAAGGUGGAGGACAAACAUGCUUCCCCCUCCUGACAGCCAGCAAACUGCCUGCCUGCUCAAAUGUCAAAUUAAUUUAUCCUCUGAUCAAGUGGAAAACAAUUGAAAUGUCAGCUCGUGAAGUAUAACAGAGAGCGAUCGACAAAAGGGGGCGGAGGAGGAUUCUUUGGAUGAAACAUCUGAUGGACUUAUUCUGAGAAAAGGAUGUUUUAAAGAACCUUUAAAUGAACAUUUUCGGCAGUCUGAAGUCUUCAUGUAGGAAACGCCGUCUGAUUUUAGUUUAUUUGAGAGUUUUGUUUUUAGUCUUGGGCACAGAAAAAAAAAAGCCAAACUUUAUUUGAAUGCAUUUACCACACCGCUGGAAUCAAACCCACAGACAUGUUGUUGCUCAACAGGAGGUCAAGUUUUGAAUUGUGCAGCACUAUUACAUAUUUAUUACUUAUUUAAUAUUUAUUGGUUCAUUGUAACUCUCAGUCUUUCUAUGCAACACUGUCAGUUUGUAGUUUUUAUGGCACGGCUGUAAAUUCUUUUGUUGUAAGUUAGAAUCCGGCUCAUAAACAUUGUUCAACACAGACUGGAUGAAAAAUUGCAGAAAAUUAUCCUCGAUGUCUAAAACUUUCAUUUGUUUUUUUUUUUAAAGCACAGUUUGACAUUUUUGUAAAAUGUGCUCCUCGGAUUUCUUUGUCAGCAGAUACAUUUAAACAUCAACACCACUCAAGGCUGCUUAAAACUAAUAAAACACGACAGAAGAACAACCAGCAAAGCUCCAGCUAAAGCUAUCAAACCUUCCACCAUGCUGGAAGUCUGCUGAUUAACAACUUACAUUUAUAAGUAUAUAAAUGUCAUUUUUAAAACUAAUGAAGCUCGGACAGUCAAAAGAAAAUUGAUAUUUCCAUCUGCAGUAAUUUAUAUUUGGGAGCAAGUCGCUGUUAUGAAAACUCACUGCUCCUCCUGGAAGCGGCGAGAGCAGCGGCGAGACCCGAGCACAGAACGGUGCAGGUAUCAGAGCUGAUGCAGAUUAAGGAGGAGCGGGGGUGGAGGUGGGUUGCAAAGCGGCUUGCAGGUGUUCAACAACUGCAGACAGACUGAACUUAAAGAGCAUGCUUUAUGUAACACGAGCUAAUUGAAAUCUACGAAUACCUUUAUUAGUCCCACAAUUCCGAUGCGGGCUGGCACAGAGAUCAGCUCACUUGCUGCUCGUUGUGGCUGAUCCCGAGUCUGCGGCCUGCCUCAAAUAAAGCUGCGCACCCAAAGGAAACCGCAGAAAUAAAGAAAACUGUUCAUGAGUGGGCGUUAAAGAUUGCAGAAGGUGGAAUGUGUCACCUUUGGCUAGAACCAGAUGGCUGUUUCCUGCUAACCAGACAUGAGUGUGGUAUGUUCUCAUUUGGCCUUUGCACUGCAUAAAACAUCAAACUAUUUCUUCAAAGUUAAUUUCGAGGCUGAUCCAACUCCAUAGUUUGAAUCUUGGCUUAUAAUUAAGAGUUAUAUUUCUCGAUCAUUUCAAAUCCAUCAUCCUGUCUGCCUAACAGCUCCAGGCCUGACAGACUGCUCUCUAUGCACUCAGUACUCUCAGCUUAUUUCCCUGAAUGUCAUCUAAAUUGGAGGAAUGAAGGAAAUAUGAGGCAGGAAGAGGAAGGAACUUGGCACAGGACUCAUUCAUAAACUAUAAACUGAUGAUGACUCGUGACAACCAGUGUUGACUAGGAGCCAUGGGAAGAUUUGUGCAGUCAAGUUGACAGAUUUUAUUUAUUUCUUUAUUUUUGAUGAGCACCCAGGGCGAUGCUCCUCCCCUCCCCAUUUCUCAGUGUAAAGUUUACAUCAGUUCUUGUGCAAAAUUAUUUUCAAUAUGUGGUGUAAAUAUGCAUCUGCAUUGUAUAAUUAUACAGAGGGUGUGACUCUUUGGAUGUUAUGGAUGAAGAAGACCAUCAGUCAUCAGACUCUAGCUGUCCUCGUGCUUAAGGUCACUUUGAUCAUGCCCUUUGCUGUUUUCAAUUUUCCAAUAACAAGCUCAUAUAGCAAUAGUGAUUCAAUGUUGGUGUAAAAUGAUGCAUUUCCUCCCCGUUUUCCACAUGAACGAGCAUAUUGCAAAAGCAUAUUUUUCAUACUGUCAGGUUUUAUCUUGCGUCAGUGUGAACUCCACAUUGUAAUGUCACCUUGAGAUU